AUGCCUUCCUUCCCAAGCAUUUCAACGCUCUUCACAUGGGCUCUCUAUUUCGUCCCCAUAUACAUCUUCGUCCUCGAUCCGUUCCUCCGGCCGCUCCUCUCACAAUCGCAAUCGCAAACCACACCCACACCUAAUACCUAUGCCUUCGAUUGGGACAUUCCAGAUUCAGCACCAACACUAAACCUCACAGACGACAGCUUCAUCAGUCCCGAAGACGGUGUCCCCGUAACCUGUCCCGCCGAACCAACCGGAUACAAAGUCCACCUACUCUCGCGCACACCCCUCAUCCUAUACCUAGAGAAUUUCCUGAGUGAUGACGAAGCAACACAUCUGGUGGAAACGAGUCUAAAAAGUUAUACCCCCUCAAUCGUCUAUGAUGGCGUCACUACAAAGGUCGAUCCCUCCAAACGGCUCUCCGACCGCGCCCUCCUCGAUCGCGACGACACUGUGCGAUGCCUAGAAGAUCGCGCCCGUGCCUUCCAAGGCUGGCGCCCACACCUAUAUAUCGAGCGCAUGUGGGCCCAACGCUACAAUGCAUCCGGACACUACCGGCACCACUAUGAUUGGACGGGAUCGCUUGCACGAGGCGGAGAUCGUCUGAGCACGUUCAUGGUCUAUCUAGACGCAGAGUGUGAGGGGGGCGGAACGAAUUUCCCGCGUCUAAGCAUGCCACCUGGUAAACAGUGGUGUAAGUUUCUAGAAUGCGAGGAGGAAGGGGCUGAAGGAGUUUCAGAUGGUGAAAGUGAAAGUGAAAUCCCGAAACAGAAGCCUGGGAUCACUUUUAAGCCUAUUAAGGGAAAUGCGAUCUUUUGGGAGAAUCUUAGACCAGAUGGGACUGGGUAUCCUGAGACUUGGCAUGCUGCGUACCCGGUUACGUCGGGGACGAAGGUGGGAUUGAAUAUUUGGAGUUGGUAUCAGCCUCCUAAACGGGUGCGUACUUAG